GGGACUAAAGACAGAUGCUCGUGAGCCUUUAACUCAAACGGAAUUAAGGCGCUUGGCGUUCUAAAAUAAUAUUGGCUUCACCUGUUCUGUUCUUUUCUCUCUUUGACUAUAUUGAGACGUAGGUAUAUUGUUUCGAAUGAAUUAAUGAAAAUAUGAUAUUUAUUUAGGCUAAAACGGAUGAAAAAAAUGCUGAGACGAUAACCUCGAGGCUUGGGAAAUGUUUAGGUCUCUAUCUCCUAUCGUUGUUUUAUUUUAGCAAAUAAUUUGGAGUUAUUUGACCUUUAGCCAGUUGUAACAGAUGACCUUUUAGAUAUGAAAUAGGCCUACCCUAAUGAUGAGACGUUAGCAUAGCGGUCUCUCCAGGUGGGCUACGCAAUAGGCUAAGGCCAAUUGUAUGUGCGCGGGUGCGUGCGUGCGUACUGGAUCAUAUCCACACGGUUUUCUAUUUGGUUCCUCCUGUGAACAUUGUUUUUCUCGUGAAAAUAAAUCAACAGUUAUUGUUUCAAGACCAUUAAAGAUUGUUGAGGCUGUGCGUUCUCUCGUGAAUGAUAAUCAGUGAGUUGUCUGUUUGGAGUAGAAUAGAAUAGACAAUAAUAGGAUUUGAUCUGUGAUUGUAGAGAAAAGCGCUCGUUCUGAGAAUAGAAAACAUCUGCCUCCGUAGAGCGCUUUCAUGACCGAAACUCCGGAAACUGGUUUCCUCCGAUACUGGAAUGAACCGUUUAUUGUGCGAUAACCGUGGUGCGUCAGUCCUAUUCCUCUACAAAUCCAUGCCGUGAUUUAAAUGCUGUCCCGCCACAAACGCGCCUCACUUUAGGGUCGUGUGUGUGAGAGAGAAAAUAAUACUUUAUAUUCAGUAACAACCACAGUGAGGGACCUAUCCCGGAGUCGGACAGUCUGUUAUUUCGCACAGAGCGAGGAGAGACGCAGCACGAGGACAAUAUUGACUCAAACGUUUACUUUAUGACUAUAGCUCUCAACAGGAACCGGCGGAUUCCUAACUAAAUAUAGACCACAACAAUUGUCAAAGUUUUUGACAACAAACAUUUACGGGUGUGGUGUUAUCCUGCGUUCCGUUGGAGUUGAUUUCUACAUUUUGACUAUUUGUUUCUACCAUUAUUUGCCUUCCUCAAACGGACCUACAGCUGCGUUUAAAAGUGGCUUUCUAAAGGGUGUCCCCAGGUGAUGACCACACUGUUUUCCAGCCCAGCCCACGUCGUCAUGAAGGACUGCGAGCCUCCGCCAUCCUCCCUCACCCUGCUCCACUACCCUGGGAUGACGGUCAACUCCAAGACCCCUGGGGAUGACCCCUUUCCCUCCUCCACCUCUCCAUCCCUCUCCAAACCACAGCCCUUCUGCCUGCAGACCCUCCAGACCAGCCCUCACCUCCUCGCCAGCAUGCAGCUCCAGAAACUCAACUCCCACUACCAGAGUCUGGCUGGAGGCAGUGGUGCCUCAGGGCUCAACUCAGGGCCUCAGAGGGGGUUUGGGGGCUCCACGGUGGGCUCGGCUGGGCAGCUGGUCGGGGGUACCCCUGGAGGUGGCGGAGGUGGGAACCAGAGUUGUGGAUCUGGCGGGAUCAUAGAUUCUGACCCAGUGGAUGAAGAGGUUCUGAUGUCAUUGGUCAUAGAGCUGGGGUUGGACCGGGCCAAUGAGCUGCCUGAACUCUGGCUGGGACAGAAUGAGUUUGACUUUAUAGCAGACGUACCUGCUGGAUGUUGACCGGAUAGAGAGAGGGAAGGAGGGGAUCUGUGCUCUCUUUCAUUCUUCUGUUAGUCUCUUGUUUGGAUGGACACAGACUCCGACGUCCCUGCCGCAUACUAACCUAAACACACAGAAAGAGAAACUGUCCUUUAGUUUUUUGGGGGGGGGGGUCAACCUCUUAGUUUUUCUCUGAAAGAAAAAUGAUGACCACAAACGGACCCAAAGAGAGCAUGCGCUCUUGUUUUUUCCCCCUCUGUACCACCCGCUCAUUUCCUCUCUCAGAAGGACAGCGUGCGGACACGGGGCUGGGGUUUCGUCUUGUGUUUUUCUGUGAGUCUGUGUGUGUCAGAGAGGAUGUCUACUUCAGGGGGAACUUGUGUUUACCUUCAUUCAUUCCUCGGCGUAAAAGGACCCUGAAGUGGCGUUAAGGGUUGUGAACAUCCAAUGGUUCAACAGAAACCAAGAGGGGACAAAACCCACAGGACCCUAUCUAUAUUUAACAGUAGAGAAAACACUGAGGGAUAGAAGAGCCUGGGGCCUGUCUCGUUGUACCUCCCAUGGGCCUCCUGCACACGCUCACACACACUGACUGAAGGAUGGAUGGAUGGUAUUAUGUUCCGGUAAUGCAGCUGUGAAACAGGCACUUGUUCAGUUACCCUAGGGUUCAGGGGGUUUGAUGCGACGCUAGGGAGAGAGAAUGCGCGAGAGAGAUGAGUGAUGUGUACCUGUGUGUGAGAGGUUGUAUGAGACAGACAUGACAGGAGGCCUGUGUAGUCUCCAUGGACUCUAUGGUAUUGUCUAUAUCUAAAUACAUUAUUGAGUCUCAAAGUCUGUGGUCUUCAUGUAACUCUGUAGGAGUCCUGUCUUGUUUCUGCCCGAUCUCCCCGUCUCGCUUUCCCUCUCUCUGUAUGUAUUGUAAGUCUCUUGCUCUAUGUCAAAUGGAUGAUGUCUGAAGAAGCAAAGAGAGCUAUGAGUCUCUCGCUCUCCCUUUUCUCCUGUCUCUGUCUUUCUCUCUCCUGUGCUCUGAGCCAAGACACUCCGUCACUACCUACUCUAUGUUACUGUCAAAGUAAAUGUGUACAUCUCAACUGGCACCCUAUUCCCUAUAUAGUGCACGUAUGGCCAGAGCCCUAUGGGUCCUGGUCUAAAGUAGUGCACAUAUGGCCAGAGCCCUAUGGGUCCUGGUCUAAAGUAGUGCACUAUAAAGGGAAUAGGGUGCUAUUUGACUCUGUUCCAGUCUAUUUGUUAAUGAGGCUGUAGGAUACUGUUAAAGAUGGCUGCCUUGUUUUGUUUGUUUUUCUGGGGUGGAAUGGGAGCGCUGAAGACGACCUAAUGACAAACUGAUAAUUGAGUCAUUGACUGAUUUACUUACAGUACCUACAUUGUAAAGAGAUUUAAAAAAAAUUGUGCAACUCAUUUUUUAAGACCGAAAGUUUCAAUUGACUAAGUUUCCAGGUUUCAGUGAAUAGAGUCCUAAGCCUGAAUCACAUUGCAUCAACACGACGUGAAAGACCACGUUUUAACACCCAGGAAAUUGAAGAUCACUACUGGGAUAUACCAACCUGUAAUUUCCUGAACAGAAACCAUUUGAUCCUACUGACUAGUGCAAGAACAUUUACUUUGAUUUAGUUUUGGUUCGUUUUGCUUUAUUACAUUUCACAUAUUUUUGUGACUUAUUUUGUUUUAGGAUGAGAAACUUCUUGCUAUUGACUUUGUAAAAGAAACAAAUAUCAGAUAGUAAUUAAUCACUUGUAUAGUAGAUACUGUGCUGAUUUGUAUGAUCCUUAGUUUCUUAAAAUCACACCUUUUUUCAAUUGAAGGCUUUUGUUUAAGAGGUGGACCUAAUUUCUUUAUUUGUCUCAUCUUUUGACUUUUGUUUUGCAAUUUAAAUGACGGAAAGAAUAUAUCCGAGGUUGAUUUUAUUUUUUUACAUCUCAUUUGUAUUUCCAUGUAAAUUACUAGAUCAUAUUUAAAUGGUUGUAUUUUUGUUCUCUGCAUGUUUGGGAAAAUAAAGAAUACCGAACUGAA